GGCAGUGACACGGCACUGCCUGCCUAUCGCUUAAGCGCUUAUGCAUAUGUGCAGUGCGGAGGACUAUCUACUUCGUUCCGGCACUACAGGUUCUGGCAAGCGCACGGAGCACCAAUUAGUCCGGUACUGGAUACAAUUUUGGUUGGUUUAUGUUGUUCUUCCAUGUGUCCCGGUCUACUGGAUUGCUCAGGUUUUUCGCGUAGACUCCUUGACACUAAUAGGCCUGCCCGUCUCCACAGCGGUUCAAACAGCAAUCUAGGGCUAUGCGAAUGUGUGCAAGCGAACGCUUGCCAUUGGAGCCGCAAUGGGAAUCGUUUAUAACACUAUCGAAUUCAUGGAAUCCACCAUUCUCCCACUCUUCACUAGUGCCCUCGCCGAUGCUCGCCGACUACUUACAAAGACGUGAGAAACUUAUCGCAGAGGAUCGCGCGCUGCGAAUAGACCAUGUUCGUGCCAACUAUUCAGCGGCCGAGAUCAAGGCAGACAAAGUCGUGCGCUCCAUCCGUGCUAAAGAAGCUGUAUCUGUUUGGGGAGUUGAUCACGAGGACAUCCCUCACCCAUAUCCCGGGAUGGAGUUCCUGAAUGCCAAAGAAAUUAUUGUAAAGACAGAUCUUUUUAGCAAAAUAGUCUCCAAAAUGCCAAAGGGUGGGCUGUUACAUGUGCACCAGAACGCCUCGGUGGAGGCCAGAGCGGUGCUUGAUCUGGCACUAGGUCAUCCCGCGAUACAUAUCCGUGUCCCGGGUCCGUUAGACGCGGCUUCUCUCGAAACUGUAUUGCCCAAGAUCCAGCCGAUUCCCGUGGAACAGUAUCCUCCCGCCGACGCAAUUGGUAUCACGGAUCUUCUAUAUACCGGCGGUUGGGUUCCUAUCAACAAGGCGCGAGAGCUCUUCGAUCCUGCACUAGGCGGCCCUGCCGGAUUUGAUAAGUGGGUACUUAGCGCCUUUGUGAUCAAUCCCAGUGAUGCGUUUAAGACGUACAAUACGCCGAUGAAAAUCUGGCUGAAGUUUGGGAGUACGUUUGCCGUGACCGAUCCCAUCAUCCGAUUUGUGCCGAUUCAAAAGGAAUACUUGCGGAUGUGCAUUCGCUCGUCGAUAGAUGAUGGCAUCUCGUAUAUUGAGAUACGGACUAGUUUCUUCAACAAAUAUAUACUUGCAGAGGAUGCAAAGACCAAACUUGAACUACGUGAACUACUCUUGAUAUUUCGAGAGGUCAUAAACGAAGUGAAAGCGGAAAUGAAGGCGAAAGGCCGGGAAGACGAUUUCGCCGGGUUGAAGAUUAUCUAUAAUACCCUGAGAAUUAUAUCUGUCGAGGAACUGGAAGCAGAGCUAGAUCGGUGCAGCAGAUUUAAGCAGGAAUUCCCGGACCUUAUUGCUGGAUUUGAUCUCGUGGGCCACGAAGAUGGGGAGGAGUGUAAACCACUGAUUUAUUACGCAGAGCCGCUUCUGCGUUUCGCGGAGCAGCAUCCGGACAUCCCAUUCAUUUUUCAUGCUGGUGAAACUCUGGGCGAUGGGUCUGCAGCGGAUAUGAACCUGUAUGAUGCUAUUCUGCUUGGAACAAAGCGUAUCGGACACGGCUUUUCACUAGCCAAGCAUCCCAAAUUGAUGCAAAUUUGUCGAGAGAAGAAGAUAGCAAUUGAAGUCUGCCCUAUAUCAAAUGAAGUGCUGCGUCUUACCUCAUCGAUGCCUAUGCACCCCCUCCCGAUAAUUAUGAACCAAGGCAUUCCGGUGGUACUGUCUUCAGACGAUCCUGCAAUGUUCAAUAGUAUGGGGUUGUCCUUUGAUUUCUUCCAGGUGCUAGUGGCAAGUGAAGUUACGGGACUCCUUACUCUCGGCCAGAUGGCCCGUGACAGCAUUACUUAUUCUAUGCUCGAUGAACGGAGCAAGCGCAAGGCCAUGGAUGCAUGGGAAAGACGGUGGACCAAAUUCAUAGAAGAGGUUGCGGCGAUGAGUCCAUGAAACUUAGGCUCUCGGAUUUCACUUUUUUCGUGCUCGGUGAACGGAGCAGAUGCUCAGUCAUGGAUGCAGGGAAAAGAUGGUGGGCCAAGUACAUAGAAGAGGUUGCGACAUUGAGCCGCAAACCACUCACAGAAAUACCGAGAUAUAGAGCUCUGGAUGUAGUAGAAACCAUCAAACUUGUGUAAUUGUUGUCCAAUGAUAGCGACUUGGAAGCCACUUCCGACCUCAA